AUGUUAGAUGUAAUAAUGAAAAUUAACAUAAAUAGAAAAAAGACCAAGGCAAGUUCUAAAAUUUUCUACUUUAAUUGAAGGCUUUAAUUGAUUCUUUUUUGGCUCCCAGCCCAGAACCAGAGGAACAACCAAAAGCAUAGGUCACGAAAGCAAAAAAAUAAAAAAAAAAACAAAAGGAUCCUCUUGCUCCCAAAAUGCCAAAAUCAGCCUUCAUUUUCUACUUUUNA